UCCUGAGCCGACAUCUUAGCCGCAAGCAUGGCUGACUGUGACCGGCCACCACCAAACUUCCUGGACAAGGCCGGUACGCCACCGAUACCGUGGAAAUCGUGGCUACGAAUUUUCGAGCGAUACAUAUUGGCUGCUGGCGCUCAGGAAUGUUCCGCCGAACGACGCCAAGCAAAGCUGCUCAACUGCCUGGGGGUCGAAGGCCAGCGCAUCUAUGACUCUCUACCAGCUCCCGUUGGACCGGCGCCAGCAACGUCACCGGCGGGAGACGGUCAGCAAGCCCGGCAAGCGUCUCGCGACGUGUAUAAAGAGACCCUCACGGUCCUCGAGGCUGAAUUUUCGCAGCCGGUCAACGAGACCCUGCAACAACUCCGGUUUCAGAUGAGAAAACAGCAAGAAGGAGAAUAUCUGCGCGACUUUCUCUCAGCACUCCGAUCAUUGGCCGUGCCGGCGAACUUCGGUGCCGACACCGAGGCCGUCAUCCGCCGACAGUUCAUGGUGGGUGCUGCUUCCGCAGAGAUUCAAGAACGCCUGGUACUUGACGCCGCGCUGCCAUUCAGCGUGGCCUUACAGACUGUCCUUAAUUUGGAACGCUCACGCCGGGAAGUUCGAGAAUGGGCAUCGGCAACUGCGCCAGCUGCGCUGUCGACGGCGUCGGAAGAGCACGUGACCUGCCACGUCACAGGGCGCGCAACGAGUCAACCUCAGCCGAUGAUGUCAUCUUUGCACGAGCCGUGGCGCUCGCGCCGUGAGUCACCUAUGCGAUCUCCGACGGGGCGUUCUUCAGCUGCUUCAGCCCGGUCAGUGAACGCACGCGCUUCGCGCUCGCCUAGCCAGCAGAGCUGCGUAACCUGCGGCCGUAGCGGCUAUGGUGGUUUCGACCGUGGCAGUCGUCAACAGAGCCCUGGACGAUCGGCGUUUCGGCGUUCGGUGCGUUUCGAAUCACCGCGGCGGCAACCAUCUCCAAGGCGGAACUACGGCUACGGAAGAACAUGUCCCAACUGCGGUUACGGUCAGGAACACUGCAGGGGCUAUGACGUCUGCCCAGCGAGAGGUCAGCACUGCGACAACUGCGGUCGUCGGGGACAUUUUUCACGCGCUUGUAGAAGUGUUCGCCGAUCCCUGCUGCGCCGCCCGCGUGAUCAGGUUGAGCAGAUCGUCUCUUUCGGUUCAAGAGAUGCCAAGACGUCACCGACCCCUCUCCAGCCAGUGCCCUUGCCAGAGCGACCUUGGUCAAAGAUGGGCAUCGAUGUCGUGGGCCCUUUUGAGCGAGCGGAGCCUGCGUGUCGCUACGCCAUCACGCUGGUGGACUACUUUUCCAAGUGGCCCGAGCUGCAACGGCUGCGACAUCGAGUGCAGCAGAGGCAGCAGUACACGAAGGAGUACACCGACCGGCGUCGAGCGGCGAAGAGCCCCAGAUUCAGGGUAGGCGACUGGGUUAGAGUGAAGAAACCAGGAAAGGUAGCCAAGGGGGAGUCGGCCUUCGGGCCGCCACUACGCAUCAUGAAGCGGGUCGGUCGGUGGACAUUCCGGCUGGGAGAUGGUAGAGUGUGGAAUGCCUCUAAACUCGCAGCUGCUUCCGAUCCCAGUCUAGGAAGUGAUCAGCAGGGGACACCGGCUGCCGUUCAAGGUGGCCAGCCCGCGAGCCACACUGCUACUCCAGGUGACGCGUACCACAGGCAUCAUACUUGGCAACCUCAAGAGUCAAGUUCGGCCAUGCAGCAGCUGCCUCGAUCGCGGACGCCUGAGUGCAGACCUGCCCUCCUGCAUUGCGUGGAGACCCUUGGCCACCACAUGGAGGCUGUCGUGAGUGCCAGCCAAGAGCAAGCUCUGGUCACCCAGGAGCAAGCUCGCGGCAUGCAGAAGGUGACCCUAGAACUCCGCAACACGACCCGCGUGCUCAUCGAGUGCCAAGUCGGCAUUUAUUAUAUUUCUUUUUUGUUUUGCUCUCCUAGUGGAGGCAAGAAAUGCAUGUUCUCUUGUGCCAUUGUGGGGCAGAAUAACGGACAAGUUCCUUCGCACACUGGGCUCGCCAUACAUGUAGACAGUGACAUCAAGGUCGGUCGCUUGAAAACGAAAGAUCUGGGCAGGAAAGGCGAACACGCUAAACGAUAUUCAGACUACAAAACCGGCAAGGCCUGGGGCGCUAGCUGCCUGAAAAACGUGGUUGUCAACGUGACAGCGUAA